CCAAGCACAGCUGCCUGGGAAGCUCAAGGCAGCUGCCUGGGAAGCUCAGCUGCCGGGCUAACCGCAAUGCUGGGUCUGGGGGCUCCGCUCGUGUCGUUCAGCCUCAUAUCCUCAGCGCCGCUCACGGCAGCGCUGCGCUUGCGUGCAGGGCACUCACAGGCAACCGCGCUUGCCGAGGAGUUCCAGCAGAAUGGCGCAGUCGUGCUGCGGGGUUUCCUCAGCCCUUCGCUGCUUGAAAAGUGCCGCAAGGUGUACGACGACGCUCUCAACCAGCCCGUCCGCAGGGGCGCUCAGGUCAAGUACCCCGACGGCACCCUGUACAACCCGGCCAUCGGCCAUCGGACCGAUGACGAGGCCGUGCUGGACAUGGUGAACGAGGUUCCGUUCGCGUCCACCUUGGCCGAGCUGUGGGGAUCCGAGAGCGUGUGGUUCUUCGACCACGAGCUCUGGUGGAAGCGGCAUGGCGACUCGGACAACGGCCGCUCAGCGGAGCGGAGCGACACGCCCUUUCACCAGGACUCGCUGGCUGUCCCUUUUCGUGGGCUGCACGUCGGUCUCUUUUGGAUCUGCUUCCAGCCGAUCCCAAAGGAAAACUGCCUGCAGGUUGUGAAGGGAUCGCACAGAGGUCCAGUGUACCAGCUCGCGCCGGGGACCAUCUUCGGCAUGGACCCCGAUGAGCCAAUGGUCCCCGAGUCUGUGCAGCCGGUCAUGCCGAUGACCGAGGACGAGCGCGCGCACUGGGAGUACUGCGCUUGGGAUCUCGAGCCCGGGGACGUCGUCGUCGUGCACCCCGGCACGAUCCACGGCUCGGCUCCCGUGUCAGCUUCGUGCCCGGAACGACACACGCUGGUGCUUCGGUUUGUCGGCGACGACUGCUGGUUCAGCAAGGGUGCGGUGUACAUUCGCGAGACGCGCGAGAUCCUCCAAAAGGCAUUCCUGCCUUCUCUUCACAACGACAAGGGCGAGUACAUUUACGACAAAGAGUUGCGACCAGGUGACCACUUCUCGAGCUUCCUCUCCCCACAGUCGCUCCUGCUGGGGGCUGGAGUGACCGCCCGGUAGGUAGUGGAGAUCCUGCCCACGGCUCCGGCCAGCCCUCCGGAUGAAUAAAAAUUCGUUACGUCGC